UCCAUGUAGCCCCAGACAAAUUGGCCUUAAUCUGGGAGAAGGAUGAACCAGGAGAGGAGGUGCGGGUCACAUACAGGUCAGUAUUUACCUCUGAGCCUACGUGAGAGAUGUAUUGCAGUGUGUGUGAACACUGCAGAGGGCUUAUCUGCUGAUGUGCAUCAUGUGAGGGGAUGUAGCAUCCCUUUGGAUAGAUAGUUCAACAUUAUGAUGGCUGUUGGUUUGCUCAUGCUGAUCUGAGACUUCAGCCUGCCUCCUGAUUAACCCUCUGGACCCCCAGGGGUCCCUAGCCAGAUGGGGAGGCAGACACAAGCUCCUCAUGAUAGUACUGCAAUGUUUGUAUGUAAGAUCCCAUGGGAAAGUUACAUCUGUGCCUUCCCAGCAGGGUUCCUGGUGCCUAAACUUGCAGUUAAAUGCUCUGCAAGAGGGGCCAGAUUCACAACUGCAGGGGUGUUGGGAAGUCCUGUGCUCACCUGCAUGUCAGCAAUGCCGCUGAGUUUGGCUCUCUGGGGGAACUGCCUGUACAGCCCUGCUUGGUUGGUCUGGAGACCCUCAUCUUCCAGCCCAAUUUGCCUGCUCUCUGAAUCUCCGAGGCAGAAUCCAUUUAAAUCCCUCUGCACAUAGAAUGAGUCUCUCUGUCCUCUUUGGCUCCAGACCUCAUGUGACAAGCAUGACCAUCCUCCCCCUGCUAUCCUCCCUGUAUGAAGACCCCUUCUGUGAAAUGAGUCACUGACAUCCAAGCUGUGGUUUCUGGGAGGGAUGCUUCUGGGGAGAGGCACUGUUUUGCUCACUGCUUUCCUACAGCUGUUGUUCUCACUGGUGGGCACAAGCUCCAGAGUUCUUGACCUUCCCAGAUUUAGGAAAGCAUGAAGCCCUGUUUUCAUGGAGGAAGAUAUCUAACUUCUCAUGCAUAGCCUCCAGCGCUGCAGGGAACUGCUGGAGCUGACGUGCCGCCUGGGAAACACCUUGAAACGGCAAGGGGUGAAAAGGGGUGACAGGGUGACAAUCUACAUGCCCCCCUGCCCGCUGGCGGUGGCUAGCAUGCUGGCCUGUGCCCGCAUUGGGGCUGUGCAUGCUGUGGUGUUCGCUGGGUUCAGUGCAGAAUCCUUAGCAGAUCGGAUCCGAGAUGCCCAGUCAGAGACAGUGAUCACAGUGAACCAGGGGCUGAGAGGUGGCAAGGUUAUUGAGCUGAAGAAGACAGUGGACAAUGCUGUGAAGCAGUGCCCAGGAGUUAAACGGGUUCUGGUUUCCAUGAGAACUGACAGCAAGGUUCCCAUGACAGCCCUGGACCUGAUGCUGGAGGAGGAGAUGAUGAAGGAGGAUGCAUGCUGCGAGCCUGCUGCCAUGGACAGCGAAGACAUGCUCUUUCUUCUUUACACGUCAGGCAGUACCGGCAAACCCAAGGGUCUGGUUCAUUCCCAAGCUGGUUACUUGCUGUUUGCUGCUCUCACACACAAGUACGUGUUCAACUACCAGGACAGGGACAUCUUCGGCUGUGUGGCAGACAUCGGCUGGAUCACAGGGCACACCUACGUGGUCUAUGGCCCCCUCUGUAAUGGUGGCACCACAGUCCUUUUUGAGAGCACUCCUGUCCAUCCCAACCCUGGCCGCUACUGGGAAAUGGUGGAGAGGUUAAAAAUUAACCAGUUCUAUGGAGCACCCACUGCCAUCCGCCUGCUCCUGAGAUAUGGGGAUGAAUGGGUGAAGAAGUACGACCGCUCUUCUCUCAAAGUGCUUGGCUCAGUGGGGGAACCCAUCAACAAGGAGGCAUGGGAGUGGUACUUCCGUGUGGUCGGGGAGACUCGGUGCCCAGUAGUGGAUACAUGGUGGCAAACUGAAACAGGAGGCAUCUGUAUCUCACCCCGUCCUUCUAAUCCUGGAGCUGAAAUCCUUCCAGGCAUGGCUAUGAGACCCUUUUUUGGGAUCAGCCCCUCCCUCCUGGAUGACAAGGGAAAAGUCCUUCUGGAAAACAACAUCUCUGGAGCCCUUUGCAUCUCACAAGCCUGGCCAGGUAUGGCACGAACCAUUUACAAAGACCACAAGAGAUUUCUGGAAACCUAUCUGACUCCUUAUCCAGGCUUUUUCUUCACUGGAGAUGGUGCACAUCGUAGCAGUGAGGGCUACUACCAGCUGACAGGACGGCUGGAUGACAUCAUCAACAUCAGCGGGCACCGGCUGGGCACUGCAGAGGUGGAGGAUGUUGUGAAUCACCAUGUGGCAGUGGCAGAGUCUGCAGUCAUUGGCUACCCACACGAGAUCAAGGGAGAAGGGGCCUACGCAUUUGUUGUGCUGAAGAAGAACAGUGGUUACACACAGGAGACUCUCACUGCCGAGCUACGGGAGCUGAUCUCAAAGAAGAUUGCCAAGUAUGCAGCUCCGGAGUAUGUUCAGGUCACCCAGCGGCUGCCCAAGACACGCUCAGGGAAGAUUAUGCGUCGGGUGCUAAGGAAAAUUGUGGAGGACAAGGCCAGCGAGCUUGGGGACCUAACCACGCUGGAUGACUAUGAAGCUGUGCAGCAGAUCAUAGAGGGACACAAGCGCCUGGUGGAGGGGCAGAAGAGCUGCUAGCAUGGCUCUCCCAGCAGCCACCUCCUGCUCCUCCACUGCAGAACUGCAGCCACAUCCAGAAAUGUCACUAGGCAACUGAUGGCCAUUAAGUGCCCAGAGAUUGUACCUCCCCUGCAGUCUCAAGCUCUCUGCAACACAGAGACCCUCAAAACCUCUGCCAGGCAGGGGAGAUAUUAUGACUCAUCAUAGGCAGAACAGUAAGGGGAGGUCAGUUGUUUCCUCCCCUAAAAGCAGAGGGCAAAAAGGCCUCCUUGGGGUUCCUCGUGUCUUGCAGUAGCUAUGAAGGUAGCAGCAUGGCAGGAUGCCCAGCCUUGUAUAGGUAUGUUAAUCCCACCCCUGCUCUGCUCUUCAGCAUGAGUCUAAUCCAGGACCACUGCCAAUAUACAAGCAUCUCCUCCAAAGCAAACCUCAGAAGAAAAAGAGAUAGCAGUCUGGUUAACAAAUACAGACUCUUCUCCAUAAACAUUGUUGGAAAACAGGCCCCAGAUUUGAAUACAAAAAUGUUCCUUUGACAUGUAA